AUGAAAAUGACAGAAACGUUGACAUUCUCUGUGAAAAAAUCUAAAUCCAAAUGGGGGUUUCUCUAUCACAAACAAUUUCCAUCACCCUUCUCAAAAUUCUAACUCCUUUUUCUUCAAGAAUGAUGAACAGCAGUGACCAAAUAUCCAGUGGCAGUGGGGAUAGUAUCAGUGGAUUUUCCUAUGGAAUCCUCUUCUGUGUUGGCGUUUUUCUUCUAAUCCUCCUCAUCAUUUUCGCCUGCACCCGCCUCUGCUUCCCCCACAACCGCCUGUCUCACCGGAAUCCGACAACGGUUGAAGAAGGUGUCGAUGAAGCAACUCUCAGCAGCUAUCCGAAGCUCCUCUACUCUCAAGUGAAAAAGGGUGCCUCGACAGCUUCUUGCUGCUCCAUCUGCCUGGUGGAUUACAGGGAAACAGACAUGCUCCGGUUGUUGCCGGAUUGUGCUCAUGUCUUCCAUCUGAAUUGCGUUGACCCUUGGAUAAGGAAACAUCCGACAUGUCCAAUAUGUCGGAACAAACCAGUUGCAGGUCAACAUACAACUCUUGUGGCAGAGGUGGACACCUUGGCAACCGGACAAGAUAAUUAGAAGAUGCAAAAAUGUUUUGUACAGUAUUCAUGGGUGCCUGGUGAUGAGAUUGAAUCGAUUGAUUGUAUGGAAUAUUUUGGAUUGGAUGUAUUUUUGCUGCCUUUUGUGAAUAUAUGAACUUUUCUUAAAAAAUGAAAGAAAAAGUCUUCAACAACAGUCAAAUAGUUUCUCAGGAUGAAGUACUUCAAACACUGGAGCAAUAUCAGAUGACAAAGGAUAAAGCUCAAGAUAGUUUUUGUUAGAAAUCGAGAGAUGCUGAGGUAUUAGAGUUGCUGCAUAAUCAUCAAGAUAACAGGAAAUAUGGACAACAAAUUAUUGUGAAAUUAAGUAUUUAUUAAGUUAUUAAAUUUGUCUAUUCUUAUCCGCAGCGGAACC